AUGUCAACCGACAAAGCCCACUCCUACGCCCAAGCAACCGCCCCCAGCACCGGAACCCACGGUCCCGGCGAAAACUUCUCCCUCACCUCCGCCAUCGGCACCACAAUCUCCGACAUCGCAACUGCCCUCGAACACCCGUUGCACAUGAAGAACGCGCAUGAGCAACAUCAGUAUCUGAGGCAGACGGAGGGGAAACCUAGUUUGGGGGAUAAGAUUUCGGGAACGUUUGACAAGAAAGUGCGUGCCUACCCGUAUACUAUCCGAGAUUUAGGAGCGGAACGUGAUGCUAACGACAAAGCUGCCGCCGACGCCAAGACAAGAGGCUUCGAAGCCCUCCCCUCCACCAUCACCGAGGUCGAGCACAAAGUGAUCCCAGUACCGCAACCUGAGCCGAUUGUACCGGCAGCUGUGGAGAGGACUGAGGUCGUGGAAGGAACGGUUGUUGAGCCCGUAGCUGUGCAGAAGGACGUUAGGUUGACUGAGUCCACGACCGGGGCGGGCAUUGCGGAUACAUUGAAUGAGCCUGUCGAACACACCACGACGGGGAUCGCCGGACAGGGCCAGCAUCGGGCAAUUUAA